CAUCUGUCACCGCCGGUCAUUGUGUCAGUUUGGAGCUCGCUAACUCGUCAACAAGUCGCUCGAAGUGGGGCAGCUUGUCACUUUUUAUGGCCGAACAGACUGUCGUGGUGGUGAAAAUGAGCGAACUCAACAUGGGCGAAGGUCAAAAGGGAGGAGCAGUGAGUGGUAAAGAUGGCGGAAAGAAGAAGGUGAAAAAUAAUGCUGGCGAUGCUGGAGGCAGAGCUGAGCUUUCACCAGCACCGAAAUACAUCGACAAGCGCCUGACGUUGUACGCAAAGCUCAAAGCUGAGCACGAUGCCCUCAUGGCAGAGAGAGCUGCCAAGGAAAGUCGAGCCAUUAAAGUCACCUUACCUGAUGGCAAGGUAGUGGACGCAGAGUCUUGGAAGACCACGCCCUACCAGUUGGCUUGUGGAAUCAGUCAAGGCCUGGCUGACAACACAGUGAUUGCCAAGGUGAACAAAGACGUGUGGGAUCUGGACCGGCCUUUGGAGGACGACUGCAGCCUCGAGUUGCUCAAGUUUGACGAUGACGAAGCUCAAGCUGUAUACUGGCACUCCAGUGCUCACAUCCUGGGUGAAGCCAUGGAGAGAGUGUACGGCGGUUGCCUCUGCUACGGUCCGCCCAUUGAGAACGGCUUCUACUAUGACAUGUUCCUCGACAGCAAUGAAGGGGUGUCGAGCAAUGAUUUCCCCUGUCUGGAGGGAUUGUGCAAGAAAAUAAUCAAGGAGAAGCAGCCAUUUGAGAGGCUGGAGAUCACAAAGGAAACACUGCUUGAGAUGUUCAAGUACAACAAAUUCAAGUGCCGUAUAUUGAACGAGAAGGUUACCACUCCCACCACAACAGUUUAUAGGUGUGGCCCUUUAAUUGAUCUGUGUCGGGGUCCACACGUGAGACACACAGGAAAAAUCAAGGCACUUAAGAUCCACAAGAACUCCUCCACAUACUGGGAGGGAAAGGCAGACAUGGAGACCCUGCAGAGGAUUUAUGGAAUCUCCUUCCCAGACCCUAAAAUGCUGAAAGAAUGGGAGAAGUUUCAGGAAGAGGCCAAGAACAGAGAUCACCGCAAACUGGGCCGGGAGCAGGACCUGUUCUUCUUCCAUGACUUGAGUCCAGGGAGCUGCUUCUUUCUGCCUAAAGGUGCCUUCAUCUACAACACCCUGAUUGAGUUCAUCAGAAGUGAGUACAGGAAAAGGGGUUUCCAGGAGGUGGUGACGCCCAACAUCUACAACAGCAAACUAUGGCAGACCUCCGGUCACUGGCAGCACUACAGCGACAACAUGUUCUCCUUCGAGGUGGAGAAGGAAAUAUUCGCCCUCAAACCUAUGAACUGCCCUGGCCACUGUCUGAUGUUCGAUCACCGGCCACGAUCCUGGAGAGAGCUGCCCCUUCGCAUGGCCGACUUUGGCGUCCUGCACCGGAACGAACUGUCGGGAGCCCUCACUGGCCUCACCCGCGUCCGCCGCUUCCAGCAGGACGACGCACACAUCUUCUGCUCCAUGGAUCAGAUAGAAGACGAGAUUAAGGGCUGCCUGGACUUCCUACGCACUGUGUACGACGUGUUCGGCUUCACUUUCAAGCUAAACCUCUCCACCAGACCUGAGAAAUUCCUGGGAGAGCCUGCCGUCUGGGACCAAGCAGAAAAGCAACUGGAGAACAGCUUGAAUGACUUUGGAGAGAAAUGGGUUCUCAACCCGGGUGACGGAGCUUUCUAUGGGCCAAAGAUCGACAUCCAGAUCAAGGAUGCCAUCGGCCGAUACCAUCAGUGUGCCACCAUCCAACUGGACUUUCAGCUACCCAUCUGCUUCAAUCUCUCCUUUGUCAGCCAUGAUGGAGAUGACAAGAAGAGACCAGUGAUCAUCCACAGAGCCAUCCUGGGAUCAGUAGAGCGGAUGAUCGCCAUCUUGACCGAAAACUACGGAGGCAAAUGGCCGCUGUGGCUGUCACCUCGCCAAGUGAUGGUCGUACCUGUGGGACCAACCUGUGAAGACUACGCCCAAAAGGUUCAGCAAGACUUCCACAAAGCCGGCUUCAUGAGCGACGUGGAUCUGGAUCCCGGAUGCACUCUGAACAAGAAGAUCCGAAAUGCCCAGCUGGCACAGUACAACUUCAUCCUGGUGGUGGGAGAGAAGGAGAAGACAAGUAACAACGUGAAUGUGCGCACUCGGGAUAACAAAGUUCAUGGUGAGCGUGGCGUGGACGAGUGCAUCGAGCGUCUCAAAGAACUCAAAUCGUCCAAGAGUCGGAACGCCGAGGAGGACUUCUGAGCCUUUUCCCCAAAAACAAUUAACGGUAAAAGGGCCCUGACCUUUUUUUUUUUUUUUAUUUUAAAAAAAUUGGUAAACUGCGGUUUUUCAACGUAAAUUAUGUUGUUGACAUUAUGCCAUGUACUUCCAUCAUUUGACUGCAACUUGGUGCCUGGUCUCCUCGAUUACAACUGUAACAGUCUGGGUGAUCUCUUCAAUUAUGCUUUGUCUUCAUGUUUUCAGGGAAUUGUACAUGAAUUGCAAUUUUGUUAUUAAACAGUCUAUUAAUUUUG